AUGGCUACCUUGAAAACUCCAGAGAACUGCACUGCAGACUUCUCUCUUAUUCCAAUCGGCUCUCAAAGCGCAUCCUUCUCGAAGCAGGUCGCGGAUAUCCAGCGUCUGAUGCAGAACUCCGGUCUCAAAUUUCAGAUGCACGCCACUGGAACUACUGUUGAGGGAUCGUGGGACCAGGUAUCCCAAAUUAUCGGAUACGCCCAUACGCUGAUCCACCAGGAAGGGAUCGCUAGGAUUCAAACGGACAUUCGCAUCACGACUAGAACCGACAAGGUGCAGCCUAUGGAGGCCAAUAUAGCCUCAGUGCAGAGGGCUCUCGCGACUUGA